AUGAAUUUCCAUCAAAUUUUCAUCGUCAUAAAUGUUGUGUCGUCGUCUGUGCAACAACAGGAAAUCGUGCUAAUCAAUCGGUUAAACGAUUUCUUCAAAUUCGACCAUAACAUCUUUCUGAUCGAUUCAUCGGUGGAUGCGGAACGAUUUAUGCAUCCGGUCAAUCAACGUGACAUUGUACCCAUAAGCUCAUACCGCUUUAAGUUCCGUGGUGACGAGGGAAUUGAAGGAUUGGACAGAUUGACGAGAAUCGAUAGCAAGUAUCCGUUGAUGAUCAUUGUAGUUGGAAGUGGUGCACUCGAAGGUAACGGUAAUUCGAGCCUGCCAGCUCGGUUCGUACAAAUGCAUCGGCUGCAGCGAAAUAUGAAAAUUGGAUUUUUCAUCUCACGACCGUUUGCUGGGGAUGGUGUGCUACAGAAAUUGUUCCGAUGGUGUUGGAACCAUGGAUUGACGAAUAUUUUUGUUGCAACGUUUUCGCCUCACGACUCCGCUGAACCGUUCAACCUGUUCAAAUUCGAUCCGUUCGUUCAACUUCGUGUGAUCAACAUAACGGGAAUAAGCGAAAACGAGUCGGUUGGAAACGUUUUCCCGAAUAAAAAGAUCAACUUCCAGUUGCAUCCCCUUCGGUUUACACACCAAUAUGUCGUAACGCCCAUAGCAACGGAAAUGCAACAAAUCUUCUCGAGAGCUAUGAAUGCGACGAAGGCCACUUCACUAGGACUGAAUGACACCGACAUCAUUCCAAUGUUGAAUAUAUUCUUAGCGGACUGGAACGAUAAAAUUGCAGCUUGGAGGGGCCUGAGUUUGUAUCCGAUUACGAUGUCAACAUUUGUGCUUGUCGUACCGGAAGCAUUGCCAUUUCCGAGCUUCAGUUCGUAUUUGAAAACAAUUUCGUCGGAUAGUUUGUUCGGCUGGUCCAUAGCCAUAAUUGUCUUGCUCGUAAUGCUUCUGACGGUGACUCGAUACAAAAAACGCGAUUGGAAUGAGAUUUUCGGUAGUGCGGUCGAUGUCGUCAACCUAUUAAUGGGCGAUAACUUGGCCAUUAGAUACCAGAAACUGUUACCUGCCGAAGCGACCCUUAUUAUCGCACUGACUUUCGUCGGUUUUUUCAUGGUAAAUGGACUGUCGUCGACGUACCAAAGCUUUUAUACUCAACCAAUUAUGCAGCAACAGAUCAACACCAUUGACGGUCUGUAUCAGUCUCCGAUUCCGAUUUUUGUGACGCCUGGGUACUGGGAAAACGAAAUCCUUAACACUCUGAACGAUCAGUUCAAACGAAGAGAUUGGAGACGCAAAAUACGCUCUUUGAACACGUCGGAUUUGAAUCGAGAAAUUUUCUUGCGAAACUCUUCAAUCUCAUUUUUCACAUUGGAUAAAGGGGCGAAAAUUUUGAUAGCAAGCCAGAGACGAUGGGGCGUACGAGGAUAUCGUGUUCUUGGCGAAGCCACUGCUUUCAUGAAAAAGUUGUCUUCGUUCUACGUGAACGAACGUUUUCCAUUCAUUGAUUGUGCUAACGAAAUAAUACUCCGAACACAGAGUGCGGGACUGUUCAAAAAGUGGAACAAUGACGAAGAGGACAGCCGAUCGAAAGCUGUCAAUAUCGAUCUGAAUAAAGAUUCCGACACGGAACAAUUUCAUGUGCCGUUUUUCAUCGUUCAUGGUUGGAUUGCUGGUUGUGUGGUGUUUGGUGUUGAAAUUGUUUGGACAGCAUUGUCGCCGGUCAUCUUUAGACGAUUAGGAUGCAAUGGCUUUUAG